AUGACGUGGUGGCUCCUUGCCAUGGCACGGAUGGACAGUAUAAAUUAUGGUCAGGAGCCCAUCCCUAAAGGCAGGAGGGCAGAAAGCCUCCGAUGCCAUAUCCUAGGGUCUCAGGGAUUGGAGGCCGUGAGGGUGACCCUCCAGCUUGAGGGGCCCACUGGCGGCCAGCACGGCGCAUGGGCCCAGGAAGGCCGGUCUGUCUGGACCCGGCCCUCUCCACGGAGAGACAAAGAAUCGGCUUUCUCCGCCAGGACCGGGCUGGGUGACCCACCUGCCGGCCUCCUGCAUCAUGUCAGGCUCCAGAGACGGCAGACAGAGCCUGGGCCUCAGAAGUGUCCGGUGGAAAAGCGGGAGCACCAGAGACAAGCUGGGCGCGUCCUCUCCCAGGUGAGCCCCGAGACGGCUUUGCCAGAAGUGGGGGGGGCAGGGCAGCAGCCGGGGAGGGAGCUCAGGGCGGCUGUUGGCAGGACAGGCAGAAGCCACCUGUCAGGCCCGUGGGACCCUGGGAUUAGAGCUGCCGUGCCAGGACCCCUCCUCUCUCAGGGCCUCCGCUCCGCCUGCAUUAGCCCGCCCGGACUCUGCUGCUCUGCUCCUGGACCUUCCACGAGCCCUGUGGCUCUCGGGUGGGCUUGGGGGGAGGGGAGGCGGGAGCAGCUCUCCUCUCAGGGUCCCUUGUUCUGCCCCCUCCCCUUUCCUCCCUUCUGGGCCCCGCCCCGCAGAGAGCGAGCCCCGGCCACGGCCCGUGGGCCCUGUCCAAGGUACCCGCCGACAGCCGGGAGCAGGAGGGAGGCCGGAGGCUGGCGAGACUGGCGCUGUCGGCAGGGAGAGAUCCGCUUCGUGGGCGCGGGAAAGAGCCACGCCAAGUUCCUGAGGGUGCCCAGCGCCCUGCCCCCCGGCGUCCUCUUCGAGUUCAUGGUCAGCGAGUGGCACCUGCCCACCCCCAACCUGGUGGUGUCCCUGGUGGGUGAGGAGCGCAGCUUCCCCAUGAAGCCCUGGCUGCGAGACGUCCUGCGGAAGGGGCUGGUGAAGGCCAUGCAGAGCACAGGGGCCUGGAUAUUCACCAGCGCCCUGCGGGUGGGCCUGGCCAGGCACGUGGGCCAGGCCGUCCGGGACCACUCCCUGGCCAGCACGUCCAGCAGAGCCAGGGUGGUCACCAUCGGGAUCGUGUCCCUGCCCCGGGUCCUGCACGCGGAGCUUCUGGACAGCUCUCAGGACGAGAAGCCCAUCCUCUACAAGGCGGACGACGGCGGCCAGGGCAGCCUCUACUCCCUGGACAGCAACCACUCCCACCUCAUCCUGGUGGACCCCGGGCUGGACAGAGCCCCCCCUGCAGCCGGCACCCCCGGCCACGGGGACCCCACCAUCAGCCUCAGGCUCGUGCUGGAAAAGUACAUCUCUGAGCAGCGGACGGGUUAUGGAGGCAAAGGCAGCAUCGAGAUCCCCGUACUUUGCUUACUGGUCAAUGGGGGCCCGUGCACCCUUGAGCGAAUUUCCCAGGCGGUGGAGAACUCGGCCCCCUGGCUGAUCCUGGCGGGCUCCGGCGGCGUGGCCGACAUCAUGGCGGCCCUGGUGAGCCGGCCCCAGCUCAUCGUGCCCCCGGUCAUGGAGAAGCAGCUCAGGGAGAAGUUCCCCACCGAGAGCUUCUCCCGGGAGGACGUCCUGCACUGGACCGAGCUGCUCCAGGCCAUCGCCGCCCAGCAGCACCUGCUCACUGUCCACGACUUUGAGCGCGAUGGCUCCGAGGAGCUGGACACGGUCAUCCUGAAGGCUCUGGUUAAAGCCUGUAAGAGCCACAGCCAGGAGGCCCAGGAGUACCUGGACGAGCUCAAGCUGGCCGUGGCCUGGAACCGCAUCGACAUCGCCAAGAGUGAAAUAUUCAGCGGGGAUGUGGAGUGGAAGUCCGGAGACCUGGAGGAGGUGAUGAUGGACGCCCUGGUGAACGACAAGCCGGAGUUCGUGCGGCUCUUCGUGGACAACGGCGCCAGCGUGCCCGACUUUCUGACCUACGGGCGGCUGCAGGAGCUGUACCGGGCCGUGCCCCAGAAGAGCCUGCUCUGCCACCUGCUCCUCAGGAAGCACGAGGAGGGCAAACUGACGCUGGCGGGGCUGGGGGGCGGGCCUCCGGGGGGCCCCCCCUCCUUCUCCCUGCACGACGUGGCCCGGGUGCUCAAGGACUUCCUCCACGACGCCUGCCGGGGCUUCUACCAGGACGGCGGGCCGGCGGGCCGGAGGAGGCCCGACAAAGUGGCCGCCAAGCGCCUCGGUGGGCCAAAGUGGGCCCUGGACCUGACCCAGAGGAGCUCAGCACCCUGGAGGGACCUGUUCUUGUGGGCGGUGCUCCAGAAUCGGCACGAGAUGGCCAACUACUUCUGGGCCAUGGGGCAGGAGGGCGUGGCUGCCGCCUUGGCCGCUUGCAAGAUCCUCAAAGAAAUGUCCCACCUGGAGACGGAGGCCGAGGCCGCGCGGAGCAUGAAGGAAGCCAAUUACGAGCAGCUGGCGCUGGAGCUCUUCGGGGAGUGCUACAACAACAGCGAGGACCGAGCCUUCGCCCUCCUGGUGAGGAGGAACCGGGACUGGAGCAGGACCACGUGCCUGCACCUGGCGGCCGAGGCCGACACCAAGGCCUUCUUUGCCCACGACGGCGUCCAGGCCUUUUUGACCAAGAUCUGGUGGGGAGACAUGGCCACGGGCACCCCGAUCCUGCGGCUGCUCUGCGCCUUCUGCUGCCCCGUCCUCAUCUACACCAACCUGAUCACCUUCAGUGAGGAGCCCCCCCUGGAGAGUGGGCUGGAGCCCUUCAGAGAGCUGGACAGCCUGGACACGGAGAGGACGCUGCUUUUCCCCUCUCCCGGCAUCAGCCGGCCCCGGUCCCGCCUGACUUUCUCACGGUCCCGUAGGAGGGCCGAGGCGCCCGAGGGCCCGAGGGCCGUGUCCAGCCACUUCCUGCUGUCCCGGUGGAAGAAGUUCUGGGGGGCCCCGGUGACCGUGUUUCUGGGAAACAUGAUCAUGUACUUCGCCUUCCUCUUCCUCUUCGCCUACGUGCUCCUGGUGGAUUUCCGGCCCCCCCCGGACGGCCCCACGGGGCCCGAGGUGGCCCUCUACUUCUGGGUGUUCACACUGGUGCUGGAGGAAGUUCGACAGGGGUUCUUCACUGACGAGGACACCAACCUCCUGAAGAAGUUCAAGGUGUACGUGGAGGACAACUGGAACAAGUGCGACAUGGUGGCCAUCUUCCUGUUCACCGUGGGCGUCAGCUGCAGGAUGCUGAGCUCCGCCUUCGAGGCCGGCCGGACCGUGCUGGCCAUUGACUUCAUGGUCUUCACCCUGAGACUCAUCCACAUCUUUGCCAUUCACAAGCAGCUGGGGCCCAAGAUCAUCGUGGUGGAGAGGAUGAUGAAGGACGUCUUCUUCUUUCUCUUUUUCCUGACCGUGUGGCUCAUUGCCUAUGGGGUCACCACGCAAGCUCUGCUGCAUCCCAGGGACAGCCGCGUGGAGUGGAUCUUCCGGAGGGUCCUCUACAGGCCCUACCUGCAAAUCUUCGGGCAGAUCCCCCUGGACGAAAUUGAUGGGGCUCGGGUGAACUGCUCAGCUCACCCCCUUCUGCUGGAGAACUCGCCCUCGUGCCCCAACCUCUACGCCAACUGGCUGGUCAUCCUGCUUCUGGUCACCUUCCUGCUGGUCACCAAUGUGCUCCUCAUGAACCUGCUGAUCGCCAUGUUCAGCUACACCUUCCAGGUGGUCCAGGGCAACGCGGACAUCUUCUGGAAGUUCCAGCGUUACAACCUGAUCGUGGAGUACCACGAGCGCCCGGCCCUAGCCCCCCCCUUCAUCCUGCUCAGCCAUCUCAGCCUCGUCCUCAAAAAGGCCUUUAAGCAGGAGGAGCACAAGAGGGAGCACCUGGAGCGAGACUUGCCUGAUAACCUGGACCAGAAAAUCGUCACCUGGGAAACCGUUCAGAAGGAAAACUUUUUGGCCAAUCUGGAGAAAAGGAGGAAAGAAAGUACCAUGGAGACCCUAAAGAAGACGUCCCACAGGGUGGAUUUCAUCAGCCAACACGUGGCAGGCCUGAGAGAACAAGAAAAGCGCAUUCGGGCCCUCGAGUCACAAGUCAAUUACUGCACAGUCAUCCUGUCCACCGUGGCGGACACACUGACCCGGGCCAACUCCGCGGGGCACCAGCCGCCUCCCAAAUGCCCAAGUAACGGCGGCGAAGGAGGAGGGGGGCAAAUGCCUCUCCAGGAGGAGGCCUCCAGCCCGUGACGUCCGAGGGGCAGCGGCGGGCACCUUUUCUGGCUCUGGUGAUGGCAGUUUCUCCAGCCUGAGACAUAUAGUAUCUACAAGUCGGGUCUUCCCUCGCCAGCCUUCACGAGCAAGGUCAGGCAGCUCCAACCCAGGAACCGGGGACGAGAGAGAUGACAGGUCCCAUGCGGUCGGUCAGCGGGAACCCGCAAUUGCCCCUGCCGUUCCCUGGCCUUUCGCAUCUGCUGUCAAACCUACUGGCACCUUUCUUCUUUUUUGUUUGCAAAUGAACUUGCUUCGUACUGAGAACUUCCUCAAAAAACACGAGCACUCACUCACUUUCUUUUUUUGAUCUGAUUCUUCUUGUGCAGCAAGAGAAUUGUAUGAAUGUUUCUACAUAUUGGGUUUAACAUCUAUUUUAACAUGUAUAAUUUCUAUUGGACCGCUUGCCAUCACAAGGCUCUACAAGGGUCAAUGUUGAAAAACUAUCCGUGCAUGUUUUGAAAAUAAAAAGCUGCAUUAAAAAAGCAAACAAACAUGAGUAUUUCAGCAUUCAGAGAGCAAAAAAGAAGAGAUGAAUUUUAAAGGGAAAUAGCAAAAUGGGGCGGCUUACAGACCUCCUGAGCCUUUUUUUGUCUUCUGUACACACAGAAUCACAUUGAGUCCCCGGGCACACGGCAUAGCUUUCCCAGGCUGUUUUUCCUCAUGCAUCCAGAUGACUGACCCCUUAAGACCUUGAAGUAUCAGCCUCUGUGGCUCUGGUCUCACAACAAUUCCAGCUUAGUUUCCCAUUAGCAGGGCUUGGGGUCCCAGUUGACCUGAGAGAUCCCAGGCUCUCUUCUGCUUCUCUUCCCACCCCAGUAAAUGCAUGCGACUGGGUCUGACAGAGACUUCACAAGAAGUCCUGUGGUGCAGAAGGGAUGAGGCCUCUAGAAAAACUCAGGAGGGAAUUGCCAAGAGGGAGAGUUAUCCCAAGUUACUCUUGGCUCCAUAAGAACGUAUAGACUUUUUCUCAAUGGAUAUAGAGGCUAAAUGGCCACUUGUCAAGUCAGGUCAAGCCAAUAAGUAUCUAUUAAACGCUGUAUUGCAGGCACUUGCCGAGCACUAGGGAUACAAAGGAAGGCAAAAGAUAGUCCCUACUUUCAGGGAGCUAACGGGGGACAGAGAACAUGCAAACAACUAUGUACAGACAAGAAGCAGACCCAAAGAUGAAGGAGAGGUCAUCACCAGAGAGAAGGCAGUAACAUUAAGGUGAAGAGCUGAUGGUGGUCAGGGAAGGCUUCCUACAGAAGAGAGAGUUUUUGCUGAGACUAGAAGGAUGCCAGAAAAGAAAGUCAGAGGUGCCCGAUUUCCACUCAUAUUCAUGAAGUCUGGUGAGCAAAGAAAGAAAAUUUCAAUGCCAGUCAUGGGGGACAGCCCAUGAAAAUGCUUGGAGUUGGGAGAACAGCUAAGAGACUGGUGCUGCUAGAGAGGAAGAUGGAAAGAGACUGGAAAAGGAGGAGGGGGUGGGUUAUGAAGAGUUUUGAAGAUCAAACAAUAUUUUGUGUUUAAUUUUGGGGGUAAUAGGGAGCCAGUGGAGUUUACUGAAUAAGGGAAUAAGAGUCAUAUCUGGGCUUUUGAAAAAUUGCUUUAAUGGCUGAAUAAAAGGAUGGCUUGGAGUGGAAAGAGAUUUAAAACAGGCAGAUUCCCUCCACAUACACCCCCACCACUUAGCAGCUAUUGCAACAGUUCAGGCAUGAGAUGAUGGAGGUCUGCACCAGGAUGGAGGGAAUGUCAGAGAAGAAAAGGGAGGGAGGGGACUGUUCUAGAAAUGUUGUAGAAGUGAAAUCAACCAGAGGUAUUGCGGAGGUGACAUCAACAAGAGAUGUCGCAGAGGUGAAAUCUACCAGAGAUGCCCAGAGGUAAAAUCAACAAGAGAUGUUGCAGAAGUGAAAUCAAUGAGAUAUAGAGACAAAAUCAACAAAAGAUGCUGCAGAGGUGAAAUCAACAAGAGAUGUUGCAGAGGUGAAAUUAAUAAAUGUUGCAGAGGUGAAAUCAACAAGAGAUACUGAAGUGAAAUCAACCAACGAUGCUGAACAGAUGAAAUCAAAGAUAUUGCAGAGCUGAAAUUAGCCAAAGAUAAUGCAGAAGUGAAAUCAACAAGAGAGUUGCAGAGAUGAUAAUAACAAGAGAGGCUGCAGAGGUGAAGUCAAUAUAUGUUGCAGAGGUGAAAUCAAGACAUUGCAGAGCUGAAAUUAGCCAAAGAUAUUACAAAAGUGAAAUAAACAAGAGAUGAAAUCUACCAGAGAUGAAGAGAUGAAACCAACAAGAAAUGUUGCAACGGUGAAAUCAACAAAUUCUGGACUUUGGGAUAGAUUAUCUGAGGAGUCCAGGAUGGUACCUGGGGUAGGCUCAGGGCUAGAAGGAUGGCGUUGUCCACCCCGGUAACAGAGAAGAUAGACAAUCUCCCUAACUCAGCUAUGGGUUUGAGGACAGUUGGUUUAGCCAGUUUGCUGAGAUGUUUUUGCCAGAGUAUGGUCACUGCAUACAACAGCUUCUUGUAACCACAGAUGAGAGAUGGGUGACGGUAAGCACCAAAAGGUUGAUGAGCAGCCCUGAAAAGGCCUUGGCAAGCCCUCACACAAGAGGAAGUGGUCCUCCCUUAACUUCCCUCAACAGAUGAGAACAAAUUGUUCCAAGGGCCGUGAAGCAGGUGCCGUGGAGCGCUUCGUGCUGGGCCAUCACCAGUAGUCCUGGCUUGUUUUAUUACUGAAUGUCAGUGACUCAGGGUGAAGCGGAUGGCUUUACGCUCCUUAGCAUCACUUAAAUCUAAUUCACACACAAGUCAAGACAUGACCCCGUGACAUCUUGGUCCUCAAAAAAGACAAUGUAGGGGAAAAGCUGGUGAAUUUGGUCACGGAAAUGUUGAGUUUAAGAUGUCUGUGGGACAUCUAUUUGGAGAUGUCCAGUUAACGGUCAGAGAUAGGAGGCUGAAGAUCCGCAGAGGGUUGGACAAAGAGCUUAGCUAGUAUAUUAGGGCUAGGAAUGCUUAGUGGGACUACAUAGCCCCUGAGGUCCCUCCAAACUCCCCCAAUUUAUCAUUCUGUCAUUUCUCCUUGGCCUUGAAAGACAGGACAAAUUGCAGAGAAGGCCUUGAUUGAGGGAGGGAGGGAAACCUCCACAAUGCUGGAAUGGUAAUGAGCUUCCCUCAGAUUCUCAUUCAUAAUGUAGCAGGAUACCAAGAGGGUAAAUGGGAGGAUACGAAGGGGCCCAUACAGCUUACCGUUUCUGGUGACCUGAGGGCCAGAAGGGUCUUGCCUCUUAUUUUCACUUAGUCCCAAUGCUCCUUAACCCUCAUCCACCUUGCUCUGACUGCAAAGACACCAACAGCAGCUUUUCUGGAAAGGAUCACCUGAAAUACACUGAGAUGUUGGUAACUAGAAACAUUUUCUCACCGAAUUAGACAAAACCUAAGAACGAUUGCACACGCAAUAGGUCUGCCUCUGGAUCUGGCCUCCCCUUCCAAGGCAACACACAGAUGAAAAGCUCCCAAGGGCAGGGGUCAUGGAGUUUCUCCCAUAUCCCCAAGCCAGUUAUAUAUACAGUGUGGGGGCUAGCUUCAGGAGUCAGUCCAUCCUUUCCUGGAAGAUAAAUUCAAACCAGACUCAAUCCCUUCGAGAACACUGAUGCUUCCCCCCCACACACACACACACCCUGCCCAACUGUUCUGAAAAAAUGAGGGUCUGAGCCCUCAGAGCAAUCAGCCUGAUUGCCUGGAGAUGUUGGCAGCCCCACUCCCCACACUGCCUCUUCCUGACAGCCUUUGGAUUAAUGCCCUUUUAUUAAAUUGAAUUUCUGGGAAAUCCGCCCCCCGGCCCCUGCUCCUGAUUGGCUCAGCAGAGGGCACAGUGCCAGGAAGGCACUUGGCAAAGCCGACUCACUUUUAUGCUUAGCACCCCUGGCCUUCCUCCUCCAACUCCUUGGAGAAC